AAAGUACGUAUUUUCAUCAACAAUGAAAGGCAGGACUGAGACGAGAGGAGAAAGUUUUCAGAUAGAGCUGCUAACAAAACUUAUUGAGCAGUUCCACUUAAGACAAGACAAGAGAUAGAAAGAGAGAGAGAGAGAGAGAGAGAGAGAGAGAGAGAGAUAAAGAGGAGGGCAUUACAUAAUAAAUCGGUAACAUUCGCCCGGGACCAGCACUGACUGACACUUAACUUAUUAUUAGGGUCGAACCGAUUAUAUACGCUAUAUUUUUUUAGCUUGACCGAUUGCAUAAUAUUUUAGGUGUAUAGUAUAUUUUUGAAGUCGUAUUAAUUGUUUCAGAUUUGUUUAUUUGAAUGAUUAUCAUGUAGAAUUAUGAGACCUCCGCAGCUUGUCACUUUCCUGGCGCGGAUGAUGUUGACAAAGUUUUCAGGAACGCGCUUAUCUUCAUUCUGAACGCUUUCACAACUUUCGCCUCAAAUUAUCCUCUGAUGUUUCCUGAAAUUGGAAAACUGCAGUAAACUGUUGCCAAUCACUAAUAGAGAGCUCUGCGUUCAAGUCCUCAGUAAAAGCUAUGACCUCAGCCACGCCCCCUUCUUCCCGUAGCCCCUCCCCACAGAAGGUCUGCCACUCCCAGACACAGACAGAUGUUCUAAAGCCACUCCUGGGCGGAGCAGGCGGGGCUUCACCAGGAAACGGACCUGCGGCAUUGAGACGUCGUCGACGGGUGCUAUCUAAAGAUGGGCGGAGCAAUGUACGCAUCGAACACGUCACUGGCCGAGGGACGCUUUACCUGCGUGACCUAUGGACGACCUUCUUGGACAUGCAGUGGCGCUACAAGCUUUUCCUCUUUUCCGCCACCUUUGCUGGCACCUGGUUUGUUUUUGGAGUGCUGUGGUACUUGGUGGCACUUGUGCAUGGAGAUUUGCUAGAGUUUGACCCUCCAUCCAACCACACGCCAUGUGUGAUGCAAGUCCAAACUCUGACGGGAGCGUUCCUUUUCUCCCUGGAAUCGCAAACUACGAUCGGUUACGGCUUUCGCUGCAUCACUGAGGAAUGUCCACUUGCUAUCAUCCUGCUUAUUGUCCAGCUUGUCAUCACAAUGGUGAUGGAGAUCUUCAUCACUGGAACCUUCCUUGCCAAGGUAGCCCGGCCGAAAAAACGUGGUGAGACGGUGAAGUUCAGUCAGCAUGCUGUGGUCUCAAAUCACGAGGGUCGACCUUGUCUCAUGAUCCGUGUCGCUAACAUGCGUAAGAGCCUCCUUCUAGGCUGCCAGGUGACAGGUAAGCUCCUGCAGACGUCACUGACUAAAGAGGGUGAGACGGUACGUCUGGACCAGAGGAAUGUAGCCUUCCAAGUGGAUACCUCCACUGACAGUCCCUUCCUCAUUCUGCCCCUCACUUUCUACCACAUCAUAGAUGACAACAGCCCACUGCGGGCCUGGGCCGCCAAAGGUGGUGGGUGGACGGAUCCGGAGCUGGCUGACUUUGAAUUGCUUGUUAUCAUGAGCGCUACCGUAGAGCCGACCUCGGCCACCUGCCAGGUCCGCACCUCCUACCUGCCCGACGAGAUCCUGUGGGGCUACGAGUUUCCUCCUGUCGUCUCCCUCUCCCCAUCCGGAAAGUAUGUAGCUGAUUUUGCCUUUUUUGACAAGGUUGCCAAGACCAAGACCCCGCCCCUUUUUAAACAAUCCCCGCCUCCCAACACACAGUCGCCGCAAGGCCAUCAAGGCAAUGGCAGUGGAGACCAAGGGGCGGAUAUGGAGAAGAUGCGAUUGGAGGAGAGCUACCGGGAGGAAAGGGGGCGAGACAGGGGGCGUGCCCGAGACCAGCUUAGCGUCCGCAUUAGUAACGUGUAGAGAGAGAAAAACAACUUGGAUGAAUGACUGAGAGGGGGAUCUGAUGAAGAUAAAUUGCUUGAGUACUCGUUUGAUUCAGCAUUAGCCAACUUUUUUUUCGAUGCCACUGAGCUUACCUGUUUUACUAGGUAGCGUGCCAGCAGAGUUGGCUAGCGCUGAAAUACACUGGCAUACAAGCAUGAAAUUGAGAAGAGAAAGAGAGCGGCUAUGUUCGGAAGAGCACACUAGCAUACGACUCUUGCUGUUUCUGCAGUAUACAGUAUGUAUACUGUGCACAGCAUGACAUUUUUGUCUAUGAACAGAACACACAGAUUAUCUACUAUGGCAAAAUGAUUGGAAAAAUGGCAGUAAAACACCAACAAAUGUGUUUCCUUUUCACACAGAUUAUGAUUACAGGGGCACGUUAUCCAUUUAUAAAGGCUUAUUUUUGCGCAGUUCCUUACACAAUACUAUGUAAUGACCUGAAAACAUCUUUACCAUAGUACUUGAUUUGUAAACUAAUAUAUUUUGAUGUUUGCAUCACUUAGCUCCAUAUGUGUGGCUUUUCUGAUGCAGUAAACUUGCUCAGUAGCUCACUUGGUACAACAUUCACUUUGCGAUGCGGUGAAACACGAGUCACUAUAAAAGAGCUCAAAGACCUGUAGAAGCAAGCUAAAAUGGCAUCAUUGCUUCAGCAAAUGCGUUUUUUAUCUCGUUUGCUUUUUCUCACACUAUUGGUUAGGUUUAGGAAGGGCUGCCAACUUUUGAGUUUAGCUUGGAGUGAGAAUUAUGAAUGGGGUUGCAUGGGUGGUAGGUGAUAUUUGACUCAUAAGCUUGCGAUUAGGUUCAUAUCUUGAUUCAGUAUUGAUUCAUAUGGCUAAAUAUCUGAUAUUAAACUGAUAUUAAUAUUAAAGGUUAAAAUUAAUUAAUUCUUACACAUUUAAUAUAAUGACAAUUUUUAUAAUAAUGUAAUAACAUUUUUAAUGAUAUAAGAGUAAAAAUAUAAUAAAUAUGCAAUAUAGUGCACAUAUUUAAAAAACUCCGCAAACAGCGACAUGUUUCGUUCCUGAAUGAAUCAGUUGAAUUAAAAGAUUCAAUGACUCAUUCAUUAGGUGUGUUCGACUUCACGCGGUGCUGCGCAGAUCGAUCGGCGCGAUUUGCCGCUUGUAGUCGGGGAUGGAAUUAAAAACGGAGCCGUCAAGUCGGACACUUUCUGCUUUCCUUAGCGAUGUGCGCGUGUUGUUUGCGUACUUUAUCACAGACAAAGAGUGGAUUAGAUGCAGUAUUUGUCAAAUGCACAGAUGUUUUUAGAUGUUUUCAUGAAACAACAGAAACACUUUUUAUAUACUGCUUAAAACAGUGCCAAGAAUAAUUUCAACAUAAGCCUAUUUAAAUACCAAUAAAGUGGUAUUUUUAUCAGUGUUAUUUUGAUAAACAUGACUCAAUAACAUUAUGGUUAAAUGAAGAGUUUUUACCGUUAUAAAAACACGUAUUUGUGAGCAUUAGCGGAAUUUAACUUGAUGGCAUACAUCACAGUGACAUGCCGUCAUCGCUGUCACAAGUCAGACAAAAUUUCUAACCGGCAUGCACUGCUUCAAGUCAGACGCUGAUCGGUCUGUGCAGUGCUGCAUGAAGUCGAACACGCUUAUUAAGACAGUGACUUGCCACUACCUACUGGCAAAUAUUGCAUACAUCAAAAUAGCCUAAGAAAUUGUGAUUAAUCCUUCAUAACGUAUAUACGCAGGGCCACUGUCCCUCAAAAUGUCCCUGCAACAUACCUUCUGAUGUUCAUUCAUGUUUAUUUGGUGCUAUAACUAAUAAUAAAGAGGAACACAAAUCGGUGCACAUGCCACUUGAACUGAGAUGCUACAGCGAUCUGUCACGCCAUAUUAAAGAGUUCCAAACGGUGUUUAUUCUUAGAAUUUUGCAAUAAAAUUGAUAGAAUUUGAAAGCUGAGACUUUGUUUCAUAUCAAAAUGAACCUGCUUUUUCACUGCGUGAGAAAUUGGAUGUGUGGCGCAGGGUUGCCAGGUUUUCACAACAAAACCCGCCGAGUUGCUACUCAAAACUAGCCCAAAACUAGUCCAAUCGCAUUUCAGGGGGUGUGGUCUCCUUUUGGGGGGUAAAGUCUGAAUUUUUUGCGGGGUGCACCUGGUAAAAUUCGCAUUCCAGGGGCUAAAUAUCAUGUUAUUUGGAGUUGCUUCAACCCCCGGACAUGAAAAACAACCCGCGGCAAUAGUGUUAAAGUAGACUUGGCAACACUGGUGUGGUGUGAGUACAGUGUCAACUGCAUGAGUCUCAUGCUUAAUGCGCAAGAGUUGGCAGCCCUGGGUUUAGAGUAGGUGGUAGACUUGAGUUAUUUAUAUCGCAUUAAUCUUUAAAGGCAACUACAAACAUACAUAGUCUGCUCUCUAAUCGCUCUCAUGGUACUUUGAUGUUGUACACAGAUCGGUCUGCGCAGUGCCGCUUUAAGUCAAACACACCUUAUGUUUUCAGAACUGUAAGGUCAGCAUAAUUUUAUCAUUUAUCAAAAGCUGCUUGUAGUGUAUUCAAGCUUGGCUAUAUGUUUCCAGCGCUAUGCUCAACCAGUUGAGGAACCUGUUUUCCUACUUUCUUUAUUGGAUGACGAGAAGUUAUAGGCCUAUUAAAAAUGCAAUUAAAAUGGCAAAAUAAAGCAUAUUCAUUGUUUUUAGCUAAUAACUUGCUGAACGCAAUAUGAUGAGGUCAUUUGACAGCAAUGUAGCAUACUUCUAUUUGAAAAUCAUAUCACUGCAUAAUGCACAUAGUUUCACAUGUUACUUUUAAAAAUAGUAUGCAGUACAUAGGCACAGUAUCCUGGUGUUCCAUUCCGAACAUAGUCAGAGACAUAAAUGAGAAAUACUGUAAACUACUAAACUAUUAGACCAUGUGGAAUCAAAUGAUGAUUCAGCAUAGAUCUGCUGCUUUAUACAUGACAAAACAGCAGCAACCGCUCGUACAGUAUGAUGGAGCUGCUCACUGUGAUGGACUAGUUCACCACCUUGUGGCCAAGAAUAGCAAUGCCACAGAUUUGAGACCCUUUGAGAAGAAGAGCUGAACAUUCUGUAAACUCUGAUGGACUUUACCUGAUUUUAUAAACACAAGGAUAUUGAUCUAUUUUUGCAGAAGAAGUAUGAAUUGCGAUGGACUGGAGGGUUGCAUGACAUAGACUGAAAAAAAUCAUAUUUAAACCACUGUACUGUAGUUAAUAAUAGAGCAAAGGUACAACAUUUAUAGUGAAUAACUUGUGCGUGUCUUAUUGAGAGACUGCGUUGGAAUCCGUCUAUGUGAUUUUUAUCUUUUGUCUAACAGUGCCAGUUAUAGAGCUAUUUUGGGUAAAGAUCUAGUUUUUUUUUCUCCCUAUAGUUGAUCUUUUGUCACUGGAAUAAAUGCAAUGAUGUUUGUUAACAAUACUAAAAGCACUUUAACUCGAGGAGGAGGGUUUAUUUUUGAUAUUUUCUUUUGGUCCAACUUAACUGUACCAUGGUCUGUUUUAUAUGUGAAGAGAAUAAAGAAGAGUGAAAGAAUGUAUUUUGAAUUAUAGUAAUUGAUAUAGUCAAAGUGCCUAUGAAUUAUGAAUCUUUAAUAAUAAUAAUAACAAUAAUAAUAAUAAAAUCACUGCUACUAUUAGUUAGUGUUUUGUUUUUGUUAGUAAUUUGAUCAAACCCAUGACCUUAAGUAUUGAACUUUCACACAUAAUAUCUCCUGCACUUUUUAUGUUACACGCAUGAAUGAUUCCUCAAAUCAUGCAGAUUAUUGAGGUGAAGUCUAUUCGUUUUAUGAAAUUAGUUUUAUAAGUGAUGAGAUAUAUGAUUUUAACCCUAUAUGUGAUAUAAACCAUUUAGCAAUGCCCUGUUAACCACUUAUAACUUAUUAUUAUUGUUAUUAUUAUUAUUAUCAGAUGGCUUAUGUUGUUGAAAAACAAUGACUUUGGUUCAUCUUUAGCACAUUUUGCCUGUCUUAAACUGUGGCUGUAAGGAAACAUCUGUUUCAUGAAUUUCCUUUUAUGUUUAGUCAUUUUCAGAACUGGAUUUUCAUCACUUUCAUAACUGCUAAUGAUCUUAAAUGACUGUUUUUAAUAAAUGAGAAGUUUUGAAGCAGUCGCACUGUGAGUUUAUCAGUGUGUUCAAUGGACAGUGUUAAAUCAGUUUUGUAACACCUGUGCUAUUGUGAGGUGAGAUAAAAUCACCCGCUGUGUAUUCCCUAAAAUUCCCAGCAUCAUGAAAAUGAAAGAUUAAAGUGUGAAGCAGAUGCGUCUGCGGUGAAGUCACUUAACAGCUUUGUUUUUUUUAGAAUAACUGUGAACAAUCACAUUUACUCAGUAUUUAUUGAUGUUUUUACUGUCCUGUCAGUGCUUCUUGAAUUAUGUGUGUUGUUUAUGGAAUACAAGACCAGUUUAAAGAGUUAUGGGACAUAGAUACAUAGACAUAGACGGAUGGACGGACAGAUGAAUGGAUGGACGGAUGAAUAGACGGAUAGAUGGACAGAUAGAUGGAUUGAUUGGAUUGACGGAUGGAUGGAUGGAUAGACAGAUGAAUGGAUGGAUGGAUGGAAGGAUUAAUGGAUGGAUAAAUGGAUAGAUGGAUGGAUUGAUGGAUGGACGAAUGGUUGGACGAUAGAUAGAUGGACGGACGGACAGAUGGAUGGAUAAAUAGACUGACGGAUGGACGGAUGGAUGGACGGAUGGAUAGACAGACGAAUGGAUGGAUGAAUGGAUAGACGGAUGGAUAGAUGGAUGGACAGACGGAUGGACAGACGGAUGGAUGGAUGGAUAGAGGGGUGGAUAGAUGGAUGGACAGACGGAUGGACGGACGGAUGGAUGGAUGGACGGAUGGAUGGAUGGAAGGAUAGAUAAAUGGAUAGAUGGAUGGAUAGGUAGAUGGACUGAUGGAUGGACGAAUGGUUUGACGAAAGAUAGUUGAACGGACGGACGGAUGGAUGGAUAAAUAGAUAGAUGGACAGAUGGACAGAUGGAUGGACUAAUGAAUGGAUGGAUGGACGGGUGGAUAGAUGGAUGGACGGGUGGAUAGACAAACAGACAGACAGAUGGAUGGACGGAUGGAUGAAUGGAUGGAGGGAUUGGAUGGAUGGACGGGUGGAUAGACAGACGGAUGAAUGGAUGGAUGGAUGGAUAGUUAGAUGGACUGAUGGAUGAUUGGAUGAUAGAUAGAUAGGUUGUGAUGUAUUAAUCAUCAGACAUUUAGAGUUUCUGUAUGACAUCACUUUUGUAUCAUGGGAAAUGGGACAGCUUAAUAUGCAAAUGAACAGGAAGACUUUAUAAUUCGGUUGUGUGAGUGGAAACCGCUGCCUCUCAUCCUGUUCAAGACAUUUACUACAGCAGAUCUUGCAGGUGCUCAACAGGAAAUCUGGUGUCUUAUUUUCAGUCUUCAAAGUCGAGCUGACAGCUAUGAAACUCAUUUUGCUGUGUAUUUUUGGCUUCAGUUUAGAUUUUGCCGCUAAAUGCCAAGAGAAUCUUUAUGGAUUGAAAGGAAAAUCAAUCCGUCUGAGCAUCAGUCUCAGAAAUCAGACUAAAGUUGUAUGGCGACGAUUCAACAGGAAAGAGUUGCUUGCAAACUCAGACGGAGUUCCCCCUGACUAUGAGAAAAGAAUGAAAUUAAACUUCUCAGAUUGGUCUUUGACAAUACACAACCUUGAGGGAAAUGACAGUGGACUAUACGAGGCCCUUACAAACUGGGAGCGAGACACAGUUGCUGCUUUCGCACUUACAGUGGAGAACAUUGUCUCUGAGCCCGUAAUCGUAGUGACUCCCUAUGAUGUUAAUUCGUCUGCUGGAGUGUGUCGGGCCACAGUGAACUGCUCUGUUGAUGGCAGCUGGGCCACGUAUGACUGCGACCAAAGUCUCUGUGAGAAGAAGACAAAUGCCUCCAUCAACAUCACUGUCACUGUACUGGACAGCAAAGGUUUCCAGUGCCACGUAAACAACAAUGUGAGCAAGAAUCAUUCUCGGGCUGACAACAUUAUGUGCCAUGAAAAACUGCAAAGUGAUUUGCCCUCUCCACCACACUUUAUCUCUUGGAUCGCCGUCACCGUUGGUGCCAGUGUUGUGUUGGGUUUGUUUAUUGGUUUGAUUGUAUUAAUUGUCAAGAAAAGAGAGUCUUCAAAAGUUUAUCCACAGUCCAGUCAUGCUGUGACAGGCCGCAGCAUCAAUACAGUGAUUGAACAGCAUGAAACGAUCUACAGCACAGUGCAAAAACCAGACGCAUUCCAGAAUCCUCCAGUAAACAACGACGACAGCAACAUAGAAGGGACUGUCUAUGACAUUCCAACACGACAUCACAAGGCCUGUCAAGUACACAGUGUGGUGGUAGAAAAUCAGGAGCAACAACGAUCUGGACACGACAGGACUGUUAAAGUAAAAGCUACAGUACAUCAGGCAGCAGAACCCGACUCAGAACAAAUGAACACGGUUUACUGCAAACUAGGAGAAAUAUGACGCACCGAUACUGUACACGUCAGAGACGUCACCUCAGUGGUGACUUAAACCACAGAAGAUCCUUGUGAGAAGAAAAACUUGUACAUUUUGUGUGUUUUUUUAUUACUGAAUAGAUGAAUUGGCGCUCAGUUAAGCAUUUAUAUGAUCACUGAUGGAUGCUUACUGCAUAUUGUGCAAAAUACACUGUAUGCUGCCAGCUAUUUUUAUUAAAAUAGUAUGUGAAACAGUAUGCAUUACACUCUUAAAAAUAAAGGUUCCAAAAGGUUUUUUUUUUAGCAAAGCAAUUCAUAGUUUCCAGUCAUGUGACUGGCACAGAGACCUCGGAGAGGUCUGUCAUUUUUCCAUCUCAAAAGAAGAAAAACAAAAAUAUGCAAAAAAAUGCAAGUUGAACCAUAUACAUCACCUGCUGCAGUGUUUCAAUCAAUAAAACAGCUGAAUAUUCUAAAAAACUUAGCACUUAUGCACCAAAACAUUGAUAUCAAAUUCAGUAUUGAUGAUGCAUACUACAUAUAGGUGAGCAGAUGAGCCCAGAAUAGGAACACGAUGUGUUAAAUGUUUAAGCAUUUUCUUUUCUAUGUGUUUAUAUUCUGGGCUCAUCUGCUCACCUGUAUAUAGUAUGGAUCAUCAAUAAGGUGUAUAUUGAAUUUGGUCUUUUAAUAUUACUGUCUUAGUACAUUAGUACCUGGUAAAAAUGACUGUUUUGCCCUCCAGUUGGGCAUUUAAAUAAGGCUGUGAGGUCAUGUGAAAAACUAUCAAUAGAAGAACCGUUGGGUUUUCCAAAGAACCUUUCAGUGAUCAGUUCUUAAAAGAACCAUUUAUUCUUAAUGUGAAGAACAUUCUAAAAAUCAGAAGAACCUUUUUUUUCAAUUUAAGAACCUUUUGUGGAAUGGAAAGGUUCUAUGUAUUUUAAAGGUUCUUCAUGGAACCACCAAUGCCAAUAAAGAACCGUUAUUUGUAAGAGUGUGUGCGAUGAUAUAUAUUCAAAACAGUCCUAUAUUGUUGUCCAGUGACCUCAUUGUGUAGCAUGUUUAAUCCAGCAAGUUAUCCCUGAAAAAAAGCUAUUUUUUUUUUUCACUUUUAAUUCCAUUUUGUGUAAUAAUGUUAUAAUUGUUUUGAUCAAAUAAUGAGUCAAGGAACAAAUGUUAAAAAUCACAGCACGUGCCGUCCAUAGUUCAUUCAUCACACUUGCACAUUUUGGCAAAUGCAGUAGUUGGUCAUUCAAAUAUUUAAUGCAAACAAAAAUUGCAUACUGUGCACAGUAUUGUUACUGUUAUACAUAAUCAUGGAGGCUGCUGUAUUACACAUUCUCUCACUCGCACUGUGUGAUGUUUAAUAUUUCUUUGGUGCUCAGGUUUGAAUGAAUCUAAUCAUUGCUCAUUACAGUCCUAUAUGAAUCUGGGGGUGACAACUCUUUAGUUAUGAAUGGAGAUGAAAUAUUUUAAUGUAAUACUAAAGUUUUAUUUUUGUAAAAUAAAGGCAAUUUUAGAGUAA